AUGAACUUCUCUUUGGCGAACAAUCAACUGAGGCAGUACAAUGUUCCGAAUUUUGUUGACUUCACCCCAGGCUCUGCCAUGACAAAGAAAGCAGAUGGUCUUGCCAUGAUCUCAAUCAUUGUUGCUGUUUUUGUCCUGUUGGCCAUCCUCAUCAUUAUGACUGUCCACUAUGGCCCACAACUACGAACAGUUCAAAUUACUCUGGUCCAUGACCCCAUGCCACAGGACAUGGAGAAUGGCACCCAUUUAACACACUGGAAGAAACUAGGUUCCCAGAGGAAAUGCAACAUGCCCUGUGUGCUAACACUUGAGAACAACGGUGCUUCCGGGAUGAAUCUUCAGAGUGGAAGUGGAGAACCAAACAUCAUAGAGAUCACUUACCUGUGA